AUGGCGCUUCGAACGCUCCUCCUGAUCUCCUACUUCCUGGCUUUCGCGGCGGGCACUUCGAAGGUUGCGGCCGCGCGCCGCAUCGCCCAAUCCUCGCCCAUGGCGGCCGCCAACGUGAACGUCGAGGUCACCAACGGCGUAACGUCACAGGUACAGAAUGUGGGCAACACCGUGACUUCAUACGGUUUCAGCACGCCGGACAGCUACACGUGCCGGACGGACGCCGCCAUGAACUGGGGCUGUACGCUGAACGGCGUGCCGGUGCUGCAGAUCCCGGUCGUUCUGAUACCGGUCAUCAUCAAAGUGGUUUCCGUCCCGACAUCUUCGCCAACCGGUUCGACCCCCUCACCGACCCCAAUCUCCUCAGAGACCCCGAGCCCAGCACCUACCGGAACCUCAACCCCGGUUCCCACUCCGGCCCCCAGUUCGGCGACCCCGACACCCUUCCCGUCGCCCUUCCAAUCGCCCGGUCUGACGCUUCCCCCGGUCUCCAUCGAAGGCUCCACCCAGCUCUCAGUAGGCGGGGUUGUGCUUCUGCCGACCGGUUCCCCGGCUCCAUAGAUUUACUAGUGCUACGUUCGUGCACUCUGCGCUACGUCCGUGUAUGAUAAUCAUCAGACUUUGGUAGUUGACACCAAGAAACGUAACCACUGCUUGAGUUGUGUAGAACAAAGCUUCACCAAAAGUCGAACUAGAGAGUAGGUUACAAGUGAUGUAAAGACGAGCGCAGAUAGCUAGCGUUAGCUUUGGCGUGAAGUAGUAUAAGCUUACUUUGCAACUCAAGCGGAUCGAAGUGACAGGUUUUUAGUACGCUUGUCUAGCCUUCUAUGAUGCUGCAAACACUGUAACCC